CAUUGCUGCUCAGUGAGUGUAUAUAAGUAGGGGCGAACGAUACCAGGGACUGUCACCAACUUCUGCCUCACUCUGAAUAGCUCUUCCUUCGCACAUGUCUGCUGAAACUACUUCCCCUGGAGUCUUGAUUGUGAGUGGCUGGCGCUGGGCCCUCGGCCUUACGCUUGCGCUCACACUCCUCAAGAACGGCAUCCCACCUCGAACGCUGGAGGUGUUCAACUAUCUCGGCGUGUUGCCAGAUAUCCACGCGAUCAAUAGACCAUUGUUGCCUGAGCGUCAGUACAAGCUGCCUGGGGGCAUAGAAGUUCAAAAAACCGCACACCUGCUGGAUCCGGUAGACCCGACGCCCGAUGUACCUUAUCCUAACCCGAUCAUCCUGGGGCAGGGAUACACCCAGGCGAUACUUCGCUCGCACCUCGAGAAGUUCGGCUGCACCGUCGAAACCGAAACUGAGCUUCGCCAGUUCGAGCAGACUUCUGAGGGCGUCGUUGCCACACUUGUCAAACAGCAGGAUGGGAAGGAGCUCGUCGAGACGUCGCACUUGCGCUGGCUUGUGGGGACAGAUGGAGGCAGGAGCAACGUCCGGAAGCAGCUGGGGCUCUCCUUCGAGGGCGAAGCACUCAAGGAACAUACCAUCAUCGGAGAACUCGACAUACAGGGACUGGAUGCAGACCAUUGGCAUCGGUGGAAUGAUUGGCAAAAUCCGACCGUCAUCACCGUGAUUCUCCGGCCAACCGAGGUCAAGACCAGUCAUGUUGACUAUAGCGAGCUCCUGGCGGACCACGAGAAGUUACUCAAGGCCCUACGCGACUUCAUCCAGCGUAAAGACUUGGUCAUUGGCAACAUCAAGUAUGCCAUUGAAUAUCGUCCUAAUGCACGUAUUGUUGAUAAGUUCGGAGUGGGGCGCGUCUUCGUGGCUGGAGAUGCUGCUCACGUACACAGCCCGCAGGGCGGACAGGGGUUGAACACAAGCGUGCAGGAUGCAGUACGUUCCAAGCCAGUCUGCAAUGUAGAAGGGCUGGCCGCGCCCUCCCUCCUCUCCACGUAUUCUGAAGAGCGCCUACCCGUAGCCAAGCGCAUGAUUCAAGAGACUCUCGGGAUCUACAAGGUCGUCAUGGACUCUGCUGUGCGCGGCGCCGACGUCAACAAAGCCCGCGGCGCUCACCUCAAGCAGCUCGGCAUCAACUACCGUUGGAGCCCCAUUGUUCUCGACGAGCGCCAGCCAGUCGACAAGCAGCAGACGGUGGACAGUCUAGAUGUGUACGGCAGGUUCGGCGGGGAGACCCUGCGUGCAGGCGACAGGGCCCCUGAUGCCCGGAUCUGUCCGGUCUUCGGUAUCUAUCCCCAGAGUACGUCGAGGAGCCCUCCCGUCGCCCACGCGGAUUCCGUUCUCCGUGACGGAGAAGGUCAUGCAUACAAGGCGUACAACUGCCCGACGGAUGGCACGACUGUCGUGGUUGUCAGGCCGGACGGCGUAGUGGAGGGAUUGUGUUCGGCGAGACGGGCUGAAGCAGUACUUCAAGACUGUGUGUUCUCGACAGUUUGA